AUGAGUGACUCUAGCGAUCGCGUUACACCGGUAUCGUCUUCAAGAGAUUUAAGUAAUCUGCAAUCUCUGGCAGCUCUCCGAAGGAUUGAAAGAGCCCCAUCACAUUCAUGGGAUGAGGAUCAACGGGAACUGUUGACCAUUCUGUAUAGGUGGUACGACGAUUCCAACCCGACUACUCUUCCCCGGGUCUUCAACCAUGUCACAGGCCUUGAUCUUCGUGUAUCAGUCGUACGGCAUCAGUUUGAGGGCCACGUGUUGCUGUUUGGCGGGCGCGCCUUUCCUGAGUACGCCCGGGUAAUGGCUAUUCCAUUUCACGAUCCACAAGGGCGGUACAAUGCUAUCCGUGGGAUUAUCGAAGAAACUGCCAUAGACUUAGGUGUCAGUUUACAGCGCAGAGAAAUAGAAAUUGCGUUCAAUUCUGGCGCCGCGCGGUGGGCGAAGUCCCCAAGGACCAGAAGACUGUAUAGGUCCCUGGUUCGCCGCGCUGCGCAGAAGGAGAAAGAAAAGGGUCGAAUUUCUCGAUUGACUCAAUCUGUUGUAUUGUCGUCAGAUCAGCAAGCAAUAUCGAUGUCAGAAUGUCUGCUUGGGAAUGUAGCAUUGUCCACAGACAAUCAAGAGGAAAAGUGGUCUGAUGUUGAAAACCCGAGCCCCCGUGCGGCUUCAGUGAAAAAAUUGCGGUCCCUUAUAGAGCCUAUCAAGCGAAACAUUGCCUUUCGCGUCUGGGAUAAGAACAGUCGCACGCCAUUCAGUGAAGAAGACGGAUUCGUCAGCCAGGCAUUUUCCAUCUGGCGCGGUGAGCAUCCUCCUCCAUUCACUCCGGACGGUGAGGGCAGGGCUGCACUUAAGCUGUUGACCAACCUGCAUUUGUGUUUGAAGGGCGGGGCGUCUACUUUUGUUUCCUUGUCUACAAGCUUACUCCAGGCUUUGGUCAAAGCAAGCACUAUGGAUGACCCGUGCAUAGCUAUUGAACGCAUGGUAUGGGCUUCGGUACCCGCCGAAGCAAUUCUACAUCACUUCCCUAUCGCCGACCUUCACACCGUGGCACAAAGUGAUCCCAUCUGCUCUCAGCUUCUAAACCUAUCCGCAUUUCAACCUCGUAGACGCACACGCCACGUUUCUGAUCGCAUGCGCGAACAGCGCAAUACCAUCACCACACAUACUGUACAAGCGGUGGCAGGCAUUGCGCGAGCGUUUGGCAUGCAUCGUGAACGCGUUAGUCUCGUACAUAUCCAAGGUUUCAUUGCCGCUUUGGUAGAUUCGUUUCAACUUCGCUACGACGAGACGGGAGAUGCACACGCGAACAGCAUCUCACAUAACUUUGCAGUGACGCUUCGAUCACGCUGUCACCGCAUCGAAGACGUUGCUCUCGCGUUUCUCGAGGGUGCCAGACAGGGCAACGAUGUCAUUGCGUAUUACUCGCGCCGCCGGUCGUAG